AUGGGGAGCCCCAGUACUAUUCUUGAAGAAGAAGAAGGAUGGCACAAUGAGAAUUCAGAAAAAGAACAUGAGGAACAUCUAAGAUGUAUGUUGGAAACUCUCAAAAAGGAACAACUAUAUGCCAAAUUCAAGAAGUGUGAAUUUUGGCUCGAUAAAAUUAACUUUUUGGGACAUGUUGUGUCAAAAAGUGGGAUUUUGGUGGAUCCAGCUAAGGUAGAAGUAGUAAAAGGAUGGUCCCAGCCAAGGAAUGCAACUGAAGCAAGAAGUUUUCUGGGCUUAGCUGGAUAUGAUCGACGAUUCAUAGAAGGAUUUUCCAAAAUUGCAACCCCACUUACGGCGCUCAAUAGAAUGAAUAGUCAAUUCAUAUGGACGGAAGCUUGUGAGGAGAGCUUUAUGGAAUUAAAGAAUUGA